CCUCAGCCAUGGCCAAGCUCGUCGCAGCAACCCUCUACCUCGUCCUCGUCGUGCUGCUGCAUCUCUAUGGCCAGCAAUGCAAAGCCGUAGCUGGCGGUGGCACCAGCUCCCAUGGCGGCGGCGGCAGAGCGACGUCGACGGCGGUGAGGGCGAUGUUCGUGUUCGGGAGCUCGCUGGUGGACAACGGCAACAACAACUUCCUCAACGGCUCCGGCGUGCGCGCCGACUACCCGCCCUACGGCGUCGACUUCCCGCUCGGCGUCACAGGCCGCUUCUCCAACGGCCGCAACGUCAUCGACGCGCUCGGCGAGCUCCUCCGCCUCCCCGCCGCCGGCCUCCUCCCGCCCUUCGCCGACCCGUCCACCAGGGGCCGCGCCGCCCUGCACGGCGUCAACUUCGCCUCCGGCGGCUCCGGCAUCCUCGACAUCACCGGCCAGCACACAGGCGGGGUCUUGAGCCUCAAGCAGCAGAUCACCAACUUCGAGGCAGUGACGCUCCCUGACUUGCGGGCCCAGCUGCAGGGAGCAACCGCGGCCCACCCCACCGCCGGCCACAAGAUGAAGGGCCAGGAUUUCUUUGACCAGUGCUACCUACCCAAGAGCCUCUUUGUCAUUGGGACAGGUGGCAAUGACUACUUGCUCAACUACUUCAACCCCAGGGGUGGGCCCACCAGGCCCCACCUGUCAGAGUUCACAAGCUCACUCCUCACCAAGCUCUCAACCCACCUGCAGAGAUUGUAUGAUCUUGGAGCAAGGAAGUUUGUGGUAUUAUCCAUCCAGCCCUUGGGGUGCACCCCAGUGGUAAGGUCCUUCGUCAACGUCACCGGCGAGGCUUGCAUUGAGCCGGUGAACCGUGCGGUGCUCCUCUUCAACUCCGGGCUCAGGUCACUCGUUAGUCGUCAUGGCAAUGGCAGCAUGAGGUCACGCAUGCCUGGUGCAAACUUUGUCUAUGUCAACUCCUACAAGAUCAUCGGUGAUAUGAUACAUCAUCCUACAAAAUUCGGCAUCAGGGAAACUAGCCGAGCUUGCUGCGAGGUGUCGAGGGGUUCAUCCUCCCGAGGAGGCGUGCUCUGUCAGAAGGGCGGGCCCAUCUGCAGCGACAGGACCAGGUACGCCUUCUUCGAUGGGCUCCACCCGACAGACGUGGUGAAUGCCAGGCUGGCACGCAGGGCGUACGGCUCCAGCUCGCCCGGAGAAGCCUACCCUAUCAACGUUAAGCAGCUGUCAAUGCUGUAAUUAAGCAAGCAAUUAACUGAUCGUCGAUCAUCCUUAAUCUGUAAUUAUGAGCCGUUCGUGCUUAAUUAGCUGUGAAAUGGAUGAUGAUUAAUUCAUCAGCUGGAUCAAGUGUCAUCAUAUGGUAGAAACCUGGCAUUGCUAAGAUCCAUGUAAGUAUAGGUUUCUAUAGGUAUGUUUGGGGGA